UUUGGGCCUCAAUAAGCAGGAGCAGGAAGAUGUGCCAUUUGUCAACCAACAGCCUUAAGCAAAUAUGUAAUCACCCUUACUGCCUUGUUAUCUACUGAGCCUUCGUCCUCCAGGCUCUCUGAACACGAUGUCUGCACCUCCUGCCAGCAAUGGUGUGUUCGUUGUCAUCCCGCCCAGCAACUCCAGCGGCCUCCGCCCGCCUCCAGCCAUUCUGCCCACCUCCCUGUGCCAGCCUCCAGGGAUCAUGCAGUUCGAAGAGUCACCGCUGGGGGCGCAGGCGCCCAGGGCCACCCAGCCGCCUGACCUUAGACCUAUGGAGACAUUCUUGACCGGAGAACCCAAAGCUUUAGGGACCGUGCAAAUCCUGAUCGGCCUUAUCCACCUUGGCUUUGGCAGCGUCCUGCUCAUGGUCCGGCGAGGCCACCUGGGGAUGCUCUUCAUCGAAUGUGGCGUCCCCUUCUGGGGAGGAGCUUGCUUUAUCAUCUCUGGGUCCCUCUCAGUAGCAGCUGAGAGGAACCACACCAGUUGCCUGGUGAGGAGCAGUCUGGGAACCAACAUCCUCAGUGCCAUGGCAGCCUUCGCUGGGACAGCCAUUCUUCUCAUGGACUUUGGUGUCACUAACUGGGAUGUGGGCAGGGGCUACCUUGCCGUGCUGACCAUCUUCACCAUCCUGGAGUUCUUCAUCGCUGUCAUUGCCACCCACUUUGGGUGCCAAGCCACCCGUGCCCAAACUAACGCAUCUGUGAUUUUCCUACCCAAUGCCUUUGGCACGGAUUUCAACAUCCCCAGCCCAGCAGUCUCUCCGCCCCCUGCCUACGACAAUGUGGCAUAUAUGCCCAAGGAGUCAUCCGAGUAGUAGACGGCAGC